CUUUCUCUCUCUCUCUCUCUCUCUCCUCCAGAUGCCUCGUAUAUGGAUGGAUUACUGUCAGUUCCUAACUGAACAGAAUAAGAUCACUAGGACCAGAAGGACAUUUGAUAGAUCAUUACGGUCACUCCCUCUCACCCAACAUAAAAGAAUAUGGCCGCUCUACAUCAAGUUCCUCAGACUACACAACCUUCCAGAGACAACAGUUAGAGUUUAUAGACGAUAUAUACAGCUUUGUCCAGAGAAUAGUGAAGAGUUUGUUGAUUAUUUGAUAUCAAUAGAUAGACUUGAUGAAGCUGCUAUUAAACUAGCUGAAAUUGUCAAUAAAGAGUCAUUCUUCUCAAAGGAAGGUAAGUCCAAGUUCCAGUUGUGGUACAAGCUGUGUGAGCUGAUAGCUAAGAACCCUGACAUAGUGACUAGUUUAAAUGUAGAGGCUAUCAUUAGAGGAGGAAUAAAACGGUUCACUGACAUGGUGGAUCAGUUGUGGUGCUCACUAGCAGACUAUCACAUUAAAGCUGGUAGAUUUGAGAGAGGUAGGGACAUAUACAAUGAGGGGAUACACUCUGUCAUCACAGUCCGUGAUUUCACACAAAUAUUUGAUGCUUAUUCACAAUAUGAGGAAACAAUGAUACAAUCAAAGAUGGAGUCAACUACAGAACUCACUGAGGAAGAUGCCUCGUAUAUGGAUGGAUUACUGUCAGUUCUUAACUGAACAAAAUAAGAUCACUAGGACCAGAAGGACAUUUGAUAGAUCAUUACGGUCACUCCCUCUCACCCAACAUAAAAUAAUAUGGCCGCUCUACAUCAAAAUCCUCAGACUGCACAACCUUCCAGAGACAACAGUUAGAGUUUAUAGACGAUAUAUACAGCUUUGUCCAGAGAAUAGUGAAGAGUUUGUUGAUUAUUUGAUAUCAAUAGAUAGACUUGAUGAAGCUGCCAUUAAACUAGCUGAAAUCGUCAAUAAAGAGUCAUUCUUCUCAAAGGAAGGUAAGUCCAAGUUCCAAUUGUGGUACGAGCUGUGUGAGCUGAUAGCUAAGAACCCUGACAAAGUGACUAGUUUAAAUGUAGAGGCUA